CUUAAUCUUGCUUAAGCGUUACUCUUGAGAUGACUGCCAACAUCAACAAUUUGCCGAACGAAAUUCUCGAGUUCAUCUUCAGUUUGCUUCCGCCGUACGAACCCUUGGAGCACUGUGCUGCUGUUUGCAAGCGAUGGAACCUACUUGCUACAAAUGUGAAGGCACGAAAGAAAUCCAACCUACAGAAAGGUUUGAUUGAUUCCAACCUGUGUUGGAAGGAAAUUCUCCACGAAUCAACUCCCCGGAUUGCGGCACGAUUCGCCCACGCCAGCUCGUUGCACCGGAACUCGAUGUACGUGUUUGGUGGUGCGUCAUCGUACGAUACCACCUUCAACGAUCUGUGGAAGUUUGAUCUAUCGCGGCGCGAAUGGAUCCGUCCAAUUUCGAUGGGCACCUAUCCGUCCCCAAAAGCGGGUGCAUCGCUGGUGUGUCACAAUGAUUUGUUGAUACUUUAUGGGGGUUGGCGUCAUGCGUAUACACCGUUCCAUAUGUGCACCCUGAUCGAUGAACUGCACGUGUACAAUAUAGCCGAAAAUCGUUGGACUAUUCAUAACCAAGCCUUCAGUCCACCGCCAAUGACGGGCCAUUCGGCAACGGUGCAUCACAACCAGAUGAUCCUGUUCGGAGGAUACCAGAAUAGUAUGGAAAAUCUGCGCGCUUCCAACGAUAUAUGGGUGUUGGAUUUACAGCGACUCGUGUGGAAGAAGCCUACAGUUUCCAGCCUAAAGCCGGCGCCGCGUUUCGGCCAAUUUCAGAUGGCGGUCGGAGAUGACCACAUUCUGGUACUGGGAGGAACCGGUGGCGUAAAUCGUGUGUUCAACGAUGCUUGGCUGUUGGACAUGCAGCGGGACACUUGGUUGUGGAAAAGGGUUCAAAUCAAGAACAAGAAAAGUACUAUCAAUCACAACUGGUGCUAUCCGGCAUGUAAUGUCGGCUCGAAGGUGAUUGUGCUGGGACCAACAUCACCGAACGAUUUUCAAAUCAUGCGUCCGAGUCGUGCUCCGCCGGUGGGUCGAUCACGUCCCACCGCCGAAAAUCAUCGCCAUCGAGUUGGCAUCCCUCAGGGAGUGCAUGGUGUUGAACCAAACAUUCCUCGAAAUAAUCCGCCACAAAGACCAAACUUACCGCCACCUCCGCCAACUCCAAGUCAACCAAGAAUAGUACCAGUCUUACUAGGACUACUAUCGAACAAUGAGAGCAAUGCUUCGCCAGCAACAUCUGCUGCUGCCACACCAAAACCUUCCCCGGUGCAAAAUGUUUCUGGUGAAGCGAGACCCGGUCCAUCGGGAUUACGAUCUCCAAGCACUAACGCUUCGGCACCGCCUGCACGCGCUAUGCCCAUCAUAAGAAGUGCCUUUGGACGCCAAUCUUCCGAAGAUGAUCACUUGCCGAAGCGCUUUAAUCAGCAAAACUUGGAACAGAACCACAUGGCAAUGGUUGCGUUCAGUGUCGACUCAACGAAUCAUUCAUUGAUUGUCUCAAGUUCCCGAGAGCGACAAUUGGAGCGCCUACGAAAAAUGGAAGAGAAAAUAUCUGCCAUGCGACGAUCAAAGGAAGCAGAGCAGCAACAGCCACAACCACAACAGGUGCCUGCAGAACGACCUCAGAUCGAAGAGCACCGCCAGGAGGAAGUAAACGAAGUUGCCCAAGGUAAUAGAGAUCCUGCAAACGUGUACGAGCCAGUCAGCGCUAGUACAUCUGAUCCAAUCACACCGAAACGUGUCAAACGGAACGGACUGGCUAUUUACGUGUGCGAUGUCUCCAACAUAUUGCCAACGGGCAGUGCCGAACCAUGCAUUGAAUGGCAGGAGUCGAAAAACAGUGGUCUGAUAGCGGGCGCCCCAGAUCACCACACUUUUUCCACGAUGGUUAACGGCAAUGGUGAGCUGAUAGUGUUUGGUGGUUUGAACAAGAACCAUAAAUCGGAAAAUCUGUCCGUUUCUAACUCCGUACAUUUUCUCACCGUUCCAACGGCUGUCGUAUGA